AUGAACCGCCUUGUAGGGGCUUCUGGUCGAUGGGAUCAAUAUGCGUGCAUGUCUUGCCGGGUGUCGGCGGCGGAUACCGGCGACAACCGGCGUGACUCGAGCCCGCCCGAAUCGCAGUUUUUCUUGCGUUCCCACCCCGCGCCACCUGUCACCAGUAAGCGCGCGAACAUGGGCGACACUCACGCAGAAGCAGCCGCGGGCCCCGAGCCAAUGACCAACCGAUGGUUCUACGCGUCAUGCCCAUGGAGAGCGUUGCGCGAGCGCACUCUGCUCAGCUGUAUUGAACCCGGGCUUCUUCAUUCUUUUGUCGUUUUUGUCUAUUACGUGAACUCUCCCGCUGUCAAAGCCAACUUUCCUUUGCAGGACGAAUACACGCUCACGCUUUGCGAUAGGUUCACCGUGAAUCUCGCAAGGAUCUCUCCAACGAAUCAUAAUGUCAUACAGCUGAAAAGAUCUCUCCGACUUUCGAAGUUCGUCAUAACCCUGGAGUGA